UGCUAUAUAACUCCAACCAUAACAGUCUCAUGGUAUCCCAACAUCAUUGACUUCUCUUGAUCUUCCUUUAACCUUGGUUAUUGCAGUGAAGAUGACUAUCUGCUUUGAGAAGCCUGAUCAACUAAUUGUUACUCAAGCUAAGGGGAUGAACAUGCAGCCUGAUGCUAAUCAAUUGGUAUCGAAUGAAGAAUUUGCAAUGCUUGAAAACAAUGCUUUCGGAAACUCAUUCAGGGAUUAUGAAGCAGAUGGUGCAAGGAAAGACAUUGUUGAGCAGCACUACAAAUUGAGUCAUAUUAACCAAACAUAUGAUUUUGUGAAACGGAUGAGGGAAGAAUACAGGAAGCUUGAUAAGGCAGAGAUGGGAAUAUGGGAAUGUUGUGAACUUCUCAAUGAGGUUGUUGAUGACAGUGAUCCUGAUUUGGAUGAACCCCAAAUUCAGCAUUUGCUGCAGAGUGCUGAAGCAAUCAGAAAAGACUAUCCUAAUGAAGACUGGUUGCACCUGACUGCUCUUAUUCAUGAUCUAGGAAAAAUCCUUGUUCUUCCAAAAUUUGGAGAGCUACCUCAAUGGGCUGUUGUUGGUGAUACAUUCCCUGUUGGAUGUGCUUUUGAUAAGUCUAAUGUUCAUCACAAGUAUUUUAAGGAAAAUCCUGACUUCAACAAUCCAAUUUACAACACCAAAAAUGGGGUCUACUUUGAAGGAUGUGGACUAGACAAUGUGCUCAUGUCAUGGGGCCAUGAUGACUAUAUGUACAUGGUGGCCAAGGAAAAUGGAACCACAUUGCCUUCUGCAGGAUUGUUCAUCAUCCGAUACCAUUCCUUCUACCCAUUGCACAAGUGUGGAGCAUAUACCCAGUUGAUGAAUGAGGAGGAUAAGGAGAACAUGAAAUGGCUUAAAGUAUUCAACAAAUAUGACCUCUACAGUAAGAGCAAAGUUCUGGUUGAUGUUGAAGAGGUCAAGCCAUAUUAUGAAUCCCUUAUUGCCAAGUAUUUCCCAGCUAAGCUUAAAUGGUGAAACUUCCAAAUCCUCAACACAGCAUUGCUGGAGCUGCAAAACUAAUAGUCCUGACUCCUGAUCUGAUGAGAGAUCACUAGGACGACUAGAGGAAAUAAAAUGUCAAUUUAAGAAUCUCUUUGUAUAUUUUAAUAAGAUUCUUGAAUUCUUAGAAAUUAUUUCAUCAACUGUUACGGAAAUUUAGAUUCAGCUGUGAAUCGAAAUUGCAUGGCGUGUCUCUCGUAAAGUCUUGAAACCAGUCCAAAGUUGCAAGAAAGAAGCAAAGCCUAAAGGCAGCAGGAAAGCAAAACCAAAACACAAUCUUUGCAGGGUUAAGCCUAAAGGCAUUUUGGACAUAUUAACUGUCUUCUAUCUAGUAGUAUUAUUUUCUUUUUCUUUUCUU